GUCUUUAAACGUCUGUUGUUUGAUUUAUGAUCUUGAAAAAUGGAGCUCUUGAACGUAGCCAAAUUAUCCAGCAACCCACUGUUUCCAUCUCUGAUUCUCCUUUUCUCCCUUUUGAUUUGGCUUAAACUAUCAAAAAAGAAACGCUUGAAUUUGCCUCCAUCACCCCCAAAGCUGCCCAUCAUCGGCAAUAUCCAUCAGGUUGGCAAAGUCCCCCACCGCUCCCUCCGAGACCUCUCGAGGAACUAUGGUCCUCUCUUGCUUCUGCAGUUGGGGUAUAACCCAACAGUACUGGUUUCAUCACCCGAUUUGGUUAAAGAAAUUGUCAAAAACCAUGACAUAAUUUUCUCCAACAGACCAAAGACCACAUCUUUAGAUUUCUUGUACUACGGUGGAAGGGACAUGGUUUUUUCACCCUACGGUGAGUACUGGAAACAAGUGAAGAAGAUCAGCGUUCUUGAGCUUUUCAGCCAUAAAAGAGUCCAUUCAUUUCAGUUCGUAAGAGAGGAAGAAGUUGAAGUUCUCAUUAACAAAAUCCGGUGUGCUUGUCUUCAAGGUGAAUCUGUUAAUCUGUCAGAGAUGCUUAUGUCGGUUUCGAGUAACAUAGCUUCUCGAUGUAUUCUGAGUCACAAAAGUGAAGACGAAGGUGGGAGCAGCAAGUUCGGGCAGUUGGGUAAAAGUCUGUUGAUUCUCUCAAGUGCUUUAUGCAUUGGUUAUUUGUUUCCUUACUUGGGAUGGCUCGAUAUUCUUACUGGAUAUAUUCCCAGUAUGAAAGCUUUGUCUGCGGAAUUUGAUGCAUUCCUUGAUCAGGUAAUUCAGGAGCAUAGAGGUCUUGAAAGUAGUGAUGACCAAGUUUCAAAUAAAAAGGACUUCGUUUCUAUCAUUAUGCAACUCCAAAAGGACCGCAUGUAUGACAUGGACCUCACACAAGACAACAUCAAAGGAGUCUUACUGGACAUGUUCAUAGGAGGAACUGAUACCACUAAAGCAACAAUUGAAUGGGGAAUGACUGAGCUCCUAAAGCAUCCAAAUGUGAUGAAAAAACUCCAACAAGAGGUAAGAAAUGUGAUGGGAAACAAGUCUAAGGUAGAGAUGGAUCACAUCAACAAAAUGAAAUACUUAAAGUGUGUAAUCAAAGAAACUUUAAGACUCCAUCCCGCAGCUCCUCUUCUAGCUCCUCGACGAACAUCAGCAAGUGUUAAAUUGGGUGGAUACCACAUUCCUUCGAAUACAACAAUCAUCAUCAAUGGAUGGGCCAUUCAUAGGGAUCCCGAGAGGUGGGAAAAUCCAGAAGAGUUUAUCCCAGAGAGGUUUGAGAAUAGUUCCAUUGAUUUUCAAGGUCAAGAUUUCCACUACAUCCCAUUUGGUUUCGGAAGAAGGGCAUGUCCGGGGAUGCCAUUUGGGAUUGCUUCUACAGAGUAUGUGAUGGCCAACCUUGUCUAUUGGUUUGAUUGGAAGUUACCGGCGGGUGAAACUACAGAAAAUUUUGACAUGAGUGACACGUAUGGCAUCACACUCCACAAGAAAAUCCCUCUCCGUGUUGUACCCGUAACUCAUUUAUCUUUUUAGAUAUGGUUUUAGGGAUUUAACUCGAUUUUCUUUGGAGAAAACAAUAUUUUCAUCGUUGGUCGUUGUGGUAGUAUUUGGUUCUUGUGUACGUUGUUUUUAUUAAAAUAUAUAUAUCUUAAGUUUUCGAUUUCAA